AUAAAAUAUAAAUACAUUAUCCUAUUCAUAUUACUUGUAAAGGCUCUAUUCACUGAAAUAAUAAGUGAAUACAUUGAAUCAUGAAGACAAAUAAAUCGCGAACAAUCAACUUACUGACAUUUUUAAUCAUAUUUCUUUUGAUAAUCAGUUACUGGGAAUUGACACAAGCGCGAAAAUCAAAAUCAUCAAAGAAAACAAUAGUUAAACAUAAUACUAUUCAUAAAACUAUACACAAAAACUCUAAUAAGCAACCUACAAAAAUUCCUCAACAGAAUCAAAGACAAACACAACCUAAACAAUAUAAUUACACAUAUCAACUUCUACAAAAUAUACAACCAUUAAAAACUAUUAAAAGGCAAUUAAGAGCAAAUAUGAUCAGAGAAGAAUUACAAUCAUUUAAUACACAUCCUAGUUUUCAUAAAUCAUAUGAAAAAUUAGAUAAUUAUCAACAAUAUAAUAAUUACUUAAAUGAAGAGGUACCCAGUGAUGAACAAGCUGGAUAUAUGUUACAACUUGGAAAUUAAAUAAUGACGCAUAGUAACUUCAAUGUUUUAUUGAUUAGUUUUCAGUUACCCUAUUAACGAAUUAAAUUACAUGUAUACUGGUGAUUCCUUAAAUCAAUGAUUGAUAUUUAUGUUUGUACGCAUUUAAAUAUAAAUAUAUAAUUUUAUUUAAACAAUAUAAACUUCCUUACAUUUAUUAAUUGAAUUCAUUAGUCAUUUGAAGCUAGGUCACCAUAGGAAACCUAGAGGCAUCAGAUGGCCGUUUUAUCCUAGUACCGAACUCCUCAAAAGCGCGCAUCCACGACCCCACCUCGCCAGAUUCGAACCCAGGACCUAUUGAUCUUGCGCUCAAUCGCUUAACCUCCAAACCACUGAGCCGGCCAGUAUUUAAAG